AAAGGUGGGUUCCAGACUUUAGGGGGCUCGGGUGCGCAGUCUUAUGCCAAAGCUUUUAUAGUUUUUAUUGCUUUUUGUGUGUGUGUGUCUUUCUGAGUUGGCAUGUCGAUGACGUCAUCACAAUAGGUGUUAGUCAAUUAAAAAGUGCAGGAAAUUAAAAACACGUCUGUUGCAUGAAAAAAACAACAACAAAGAAACGAAAUAAAUUAGUUUUAAAAAGAAAAUACUUUGGUUUAGUUUUGUUCUUGAGUCUAUAUAUAUACACAUUUAUAUAACAAUAAACUAUAAAACUUCGAAUGAUGACAGCUAUUUGAUCUUGAUGUUAAUUGGCUUUUAAAGAGUCGGUUAAGGAUUAUUGUCUGCUGUAGAGAGUGUAUCGGAUUAUCCUCAGUUGACUGCCAUCAGAAGUUUGCCCUAAUAAAAUUGCGCCCGCACAUUCGACCUCUGGUGAUACCUACUGCCAGUAUUUCACAUACGUUGUUUACUGUAAACACAAAAGUGGGACAAAUCUCGAAUGGUCAAAGGUCAGAGCUUAAACUUUAAGAAUCCGCCAAUAGUCUUUUAGUUCUUCAUACUUUCUGAUGAAUUGUUCUGUCACAUGUAAAGUUUUGAAUUUUUCUGGAAUAUCUUCAAUGAAAAGUUUGAAAAGUGUGUAACGCAAAGCAUGGAUGUAUAACUCCUGGCAAUUUUCAUUUCUUGAAGAGGUCUUCCGAUCCGAGGAUGUCGGCGUCGGGAGUAGCCAUGGUCAACGACAGCAGCAGCAACAUCACCGGCUUGAACUUCAGCGACUUCAAAAACGCCAGUGUGGAGGACGCGGAGAGCUACUUCCUGCCCCUGCCAUGGUGGCAGCAGACGAUCUACUACGCGUUCUUCAUCUUCAUGUUCAUCAUCGCCGCUGGGGGCAACGUCAUCGUCGUUUGGAUAGUGCUGGCCCACAAGUCCAUGCGCACGGUGACCAACUACUUCCUGGUCAACCUGGCCGUCGCCGACGUCAUGAUCUCCAUCUUUAACGUCCUCUUCCAUUUCACGUUUAACAUGUACCAGAAUUGGUUCUUCGGGAUGGAGUACUGCAAGUUCGCGCUCUUCAUCGCCCAGUGCACAAUCUCCGUCAGCGUUCUCACCUUCAUGGCCAUCGCUAUAGACAGAUACAUUGCGAUCAUUCACCCGCUUCGGCCUCGCCUUACUGGACGUAUAGUGCUGACCAUCAUAACUGUCAUCUGGAUACUGUCCGUUUUGCUGGCCCUGCCCAACCUGCUGUAUGCCACCAUCUACAAGUGGCCGGACAGGACCAUCUGCUACCUGCGUUGGCCGGACUACACGGAUGACAGCAAGAUGAGCAACCAGGACAUGGCGUACAACAUACUUCUGAUGGUACUGAAUUACUUCCUCCCGAUGGUGACUCUUUUCGGUACAUACGCCAGGAUCGGGUGGGAGCUCUGGGGGAGCAAAGCUAUCGGGGAGGUGGUCCCCAUGCAGGCAGAGAGAGUGCGGAGGAAAAGAAAGGUGGUCAAGAUGAUGGUAGCUGUGGUGGUGAUCUUUGGUGUGUGCUGGCUGCCCACCCACAUCUACUUCAUACUGACCAAUGUGUACCAUCAGCUGGUCAUGUGGCCGUACACUCAGCAGGUGUAUCUGUUCAUUUACUGGCUGGCCAUGUCCAACUCGAUGUAUAACCCCAUCGUCUACUGUCUGAUGAAUGCCAGAUUCAGGCAAGGUUUCUUGCUUUUCUUCCGCUGGGGUCCCUGCAAUAUGUGUCGACAGAGCCAGCACCUGCUGGUCAGCUCUCGGGGCUUCUACUGCACCCGCAUGUCGCUGGGCAGCGAGCGAGACAAGAAUGGAUCCAUGAUCAACACCACGGUGGAAAGCCUGGACGACCACAUCAGCACCCCCAGCGCCUCCAUGUACCGCAUGCACCCCAUGUCUAGCAAGACCAGGGGCAACUACUACUCCCACAACCGAGAUCUGUAAAUAUGAAAACAAGAAGAAAAUGAGAAAAACAACAACAACAAAAGAUUCUUUGUUGAUUCUAUUCUUGAACUAAAUGCUUAGUUAGGAUGCCAGGGGGGCACUAUGACGCGAUGCCCUUAGAUGUGAAUAACUGUACGCUCGGUUUGUCCCUUAGAAACUCGGCAUGCUUCCUGUUAAACAGAACAAAAAAGUUGACUUGUCAACAUCAUUGCAAUGUUUGAUCAUGUAAUUUGACAACGUUGUUGCAAUGUUUGACUUUAUGACCUGACAACAUUGUUGCAAUGUUUGACCACGUGAUCCAGUGUGGACAGGAAUAGAACAGCUGUGGUUCGGACUACGAUUGGCGCAUUCUACCUGAUAUCAUUAAUAAGACUUAACGCAGACUUAACUAAAACGUUUCCUCUGGCCAGGUGGCGAUGACAGUACCGCUGACCAACCAGUCCAGUUCCACAAACGACAUGGCACUGAGUGUAAAUAUAUUCAAAAUUGUUUUCCUUCAGUGUGUAAACGAAGGUCUAUGUUACCAAGACAGUUCCAUUUGUAAUUGUUUUGUAUUUGUUUUGACUCGAGCUUGUUUGCAUCUUUCUUUUUUUAGAUUUUUUUUGUGUGCUUACGCUAAUAUUGUUUUUGUCUUUGCAUUUUCACCAUUGCCUGAGGGUGAUUAUGCAUUUGAAAUGUGGCUUCAUGCCAGGACACGUACAGAUUGACCUCGAGUUAUUACGUUGUUAUCGUGUCUUGGUUUAAUCGUGUAUAAUAAUUAUACCGAGAGCCUAAAGGCGAGUUAUCUCAAACUUUAAAAACUACGGGAAAAAAAAACACGCGAAAGAUCUUAGUUUUGUAUGUAUUCGAUGUUCUUUCAGAAUUGAAGAUUAUAACAACCUAGCCCAAACCUCCCGCCGGACGGUGGGAGGAUGGCGGCUUGUUAGUUUCGAACCCGGAACCAUCGAGACGGCAGUACAUAGCGCAUACAAUACAACCCGGCAGUCAGGGACUUGUAUAGAUACUUGAUUAUAACAACGUAGUGCUCUUAGAUACUUAGGUACCUGGACAUUUCAUCACAUUGGUUUCGACUCUCAUACAUCUAAUUAUUUAUAGCUUCCUUCACGUGACUACGAUUUCCACCUAAGGUACCUUAGUAAACUAAUCACAUGUCCCGGUACCUUAGUAAACUAAUCAUAUGAAAUGUCUCGGUACUUUAGUAAAUUAAUCACAUAAAAUGUCCCUAUACCUUGGUAAACUAAUCACAUGAAAUGUCUCGGUACCUUAGUAAAUUAAUCACAUAAAAUGUCCCGAUACCUUGGUAAACUAAUCACAUGAAAUGUCUCGGUACCUUAGUAAACUAAUGAAAUGAAAUGUCCAGGUACAUUAAUAAACUAAUCACAUGAAAUUUCUCGGUACCUUAGUAAAUUGAUCACAUAAAAUGUUCCGAUACCUUAGUAAACUAAUCACAUGAAAUGUCCCGGUACCAUAGUAAACUACAAAUCACAUGAAAUGUCCCGGUACCAUAGUAAACUACAAAUCACAUGAAAUGUCCCGGUACCAUAGUAAACUACAAAUCCCAUGAAAUGUCCCGGUACCAUAGUAAACUACAAAUCCCAUGAAAUGUCCCGGUACCAUAGUAAACUACAAAUCACAUGAAAUGUCCAUCAGAGUUCUACGCUCAAUGUCUCCAGUUGGGACGCUUUUUUUUUCUCGAAACUUACGGUUUGUGGUCAGUUUCAGCGCACGGACAAAAAGGUUUGGAAUUCGCUACCCCCUGGGCUCAAACCUAUCAGGUGAUUGAAGAAAAGCAGAACUUAGCUGUUCUUUAAUUUGCAUGAAAGUUCACACUAUAUACUUUUUGGCUGUCAGGUUGUAACAUCGCCUUGCGACGUUUUAAUUGUUAAUAGAGCUAUAUAAAUUAAAUUGAUAAUGAUAUGUAAAUUAUUCCAUUGCAUAGCCAAGAAAGUCCAAACUGGGCCAUACAUUACACGAUGACGUGUUUAGAUAUUCUCUGAGAUAUUUGUCAAGACAUCGUAAACAAUUUGGUAUAAUUCUAUUUCCAGUAUCCGCUUCUGGAAUCCAAACACUUUAAUAUUUAGUGAAUCGCCAAUCUAACGUAGGCAAGUGAAACACCAAGAAAAUCCUUAACAGACUUUCCUCGGUUAAUGGUUUAAGGUCUACUGGCUCUUAUUUGUUUGCUGUCCCCUUCCCUUUGUUUUUCUACGUCAGUUAGUCUGAAGUAGAAUGAUAAGACAAGAAAUAGCAACUAUUUAAAAUGAAAUUCUUGUUGGGGCAAAAUUCGACUAAAUCAAAAUUAAGAAUUCUAAGAUCAGAAGUCCGAUUGGUGUCACACCAGCUACACCUGUCAUCUAACAGACGAAAAUAGUUGGGCCAACAGGUCUAGAAAUCGAACACGUGACAAUCCCUGGAAGCAUUCAACCCAAGGAACUAGAUGUACUAGGCAGGGUUGAAAAAAAAAGUAUUAUUUGAAUGAAAGGAGUGCUACAGGAAACAGACUCGACAUAGACAUAGAACUAUAUAGACUCUCAUCUCAUCUGUCACUUGACUUUCGUAGGAGUUGUGCUGUGACAGUUCGCGUAACCAAACCUCUCCUCUUUUCUUAGUCAGAUGCUCUACUUAGCAGGAUAUCAAGAGAGCCCGGUCCAUUAUAUAUAUAUAGAGAUUGGUCGACAGGAAUAGGUUUCAUUUGGUGAACGACAGUUUCUUCAAGUGUAUGCCUAUACAAAACUAUGAUAUUCAAUUUUGAAAAUAAAAUUUUUCAUUCAAUCUAGAUCUAUUUUUGUUAAUGUGAUCUAUGGCCGACGUCUCAUUGCUUCUAAUUUUUAGAGUUGGUUUUUAGGGAUAGUUGUUUUCUCCAAAACGUCCUAAUAAGAUCAACUUAAAACAAUUGGAUACCAAAAAAUUAUAUAAAAGACCACCUGCCAUAAUAAGAACACUUAGAUCUAUACUAUAUAAGACAGAUAAAGGCUAUGGCUAUUUCUUUGUUGCUGGUAAUUGCUGUAUAAUACAACACACUCUAUUAGCCAAAACUUUGCGAUUGACAAAAUCUAUAAGCUGGUUCUAAAUAUAGGUAUAUGGUCUUCGAGCUAUACACCUGUCAUCACAUCGCCAUGCCACGCGCAGAUUAGCUAAGAACUCAAUAAAAAUGUUUUAAAGUAAUUAUUUUAGAAAUAGACCUAUAUCUUUAUGUUGAUUCAUAAAGGAGAUUUCAAACCAAGUCAAACAAUAAGCUUUGUUGAAACUAUGUUUAUAGUGUACAAAGUGCUUGAUAUUUCAUAUGAACAAUAGACCAGUUGUUUUUUUUGUUGUUUUUUUUGGGGGGUUUGUUUGUGUUUUGUUUUUAGUCAUUAAUUGAUUGCUUUUGUCUAUUUAAUAACUCGUAUCUCUUUAGUUGAUAUGUUAUGUACAUUUAAAAUGUCACAAGAUUUCCAAAUUGUAAAUAUUUUUAUGAUCUAAAACAUUCCCUAUAACUUCUUCUUUCUUUCUUCUAGUUCUUCUGUUUCUUCUGCUAUCUACAUCUCCCUCCCUCUCUCCCUCCCACUCUCUCUCUCUCUCUCUUUCUCUCUCUUUCUAUCUCUCUUUAUUUUAAUUCUUGGUUAUACUUAACUCUUUCUCUCCGUAAUUAUUUACCACAUUCUAGUGGAAUCAACGUUGGUACCGUCAGUUAGGAGAGAAAGAGUUAAUCUAUUAUAUUUUCACUCUUUGAAGACUUGCUAUUUCUUGUUUAUUGCCCAAUAAUUUUUUUUUUAUUUUUGUGUGAAUUUAUCCCUAUCAAAAUUUAAAUUUUUGUUUUUGUAUAGCAUCACAAGUAUUUAUCUUGCAAUGCUAUAACGCUCUAGUUGCUCCUUUUGUAAGUAACUAAAAAAUCCUAAUUAAAAAAAAAAAUGCUGUUUAGAUCAUACUUGUUACCCCCCCCCCCCUUUUUUUUUUAUACUUUUCUGCUCAUCAUGAAUCUAUGAAAGCGAAGAAGAGAUUUUUAUUGGACCACGAUAAUGGAAUGCACAGUUUGAUUUCGACCUCUGACCUCGCACUGUUACGCUAAUCUUAAUAAGUCCCGAGAACAGUUCAAUACCGACUUUACUGUUCACUUCUUGAACACUCUAAACACUUCAUGUGUGCUAGUUCCGUGUAAAUAAUUUGUUCAUUCCUGGGAACAUCUACUUAAAGAGUUCGGGAACAUCACCAAAAGUGUAUGAUCCCAGGAAAAUUUGCAUGCCAAAGUUUGUGUUAAUUUCCCGAAAUAUCUAAAUACCAAAGUUUAUACAUGUCAGGGAAUAUUUCGUAUAAUGAUUUCUCAUUAUGUCUAUAUUAGCUGGUCAAUAAACUGCUUCACUCUUUGAUCUGUAAAUAUAUCAUGAAACGAACUAAUGCUCAAUAUGAACCAAAGCUUCAAUCAAUACAGGAAAAAUGAAAAUUAGAAUGGCAAAGGAAAGUAGUGGAUUGUGCAAAUACAACAAAAUAUCUAUCUCCAAGCAGGACGUUUUGGCGCAGCUGUUUUCGCGCGGGAAUUUUAGGCACGAAAUGUCGAAAUCACAUUACGUAUGUUCAUCUUAUUAUGUCUUUAAAACGAUUGAUACACAUCUAUGUUUUGUAUUUGUGUUUUUUGUUCAAACAUAUUAUUUAUGUAACGAGCAGUAGUUAUCUGUGUCCAUUAGUCUUGAGAUUUAAGUUUGUUGUGUAACUGUUUCAUCACUAACAUUAGAAUGUCUGUAUGCGUUUUAAUAUUGUCCAAAAGCAACAAAAAUACCCCAAAGGUUCCAUUUUUUAGUACACACAAAAAUGAUGUAUGUAAUUUAUAGUAGCUCCAACUUCCAAUCAAAACGAGAGAUGAGAUUCGUUGUAAACACCUCGCUUAUUAUUUGUGGGGGUCGGAGAAGCAUGUCUCAGCCAGUCUCAGGUAGGAAUCUGACCUUUCAUAACUUGUAUGUUGUACAUGUUUGGCAUGUUCCCUCAGAAUUGAAUAGCCUUAUAUCCUAGACAAAUCCUCCUGAUUGAUGGGGGCGGGGUAUAGCGGCGGGCAGGGUUUGAACCCGAGACCAUUGAGACGACAUGCCCCGAGCAAAUAACAAAAGACCAGGCAGCCAUCUAUAGUUCGCAAUCAAAAUUAUUAAAGUUUUUUGUUUCAGAGGGGAGGUGUAUAUUAAUAUGUUUAUUACAUAUUACCAUCACAAAGGAGAUAUAAGACACCGAUGGCAAAGACAAACAGACACAAACACUCUUUUGUUCCCCUGGCAAUCAAAUCAUUAAAUAAGAACAAUCUGAUAUAAACUUUGUCGCAUGUAAAUUAUGAGUGAGUCUGGUGUGAAUGUACACUUUGGUUUCUUAUAGUUAUAAUGUUUUUUGUUUGGUGUAAUGCACAAAUUGUAAGACAAAUUUCCAUAUGGACAAUAAAGAUUAUUAUUAUUAUUAUUAUUAUUAUUAUUAUUAUUACAUAUACUAUAGCAUAGAAAAAAACAACUUUCGUGUUUUGUAAAUAUUGUCAGAACGUCUCACGUCAAAAUGGCUGCGCUAAAACGGCUCGCGUCAUAACAGCUGGGCUACAAAAGUCGCGUUAGUUCCUCAUCUACCCUAUGUGCGAUACUAUGUAACCCAUAAAUAGAGCGCAAUCAGAUAAUAUUAAGUAUACAUUAUAUACAUUUGAUCUUAUUUUGUAAUAUCAGUAAUCAAUGUGCACAUAAAUGAUGCCAAGGUGUUGUUUUUUAAAUGGAUUCAACUAAAAGUUGGAGUGAAUGCAUUUAUCCUUUUUACGGAUCAAAACGAAAUCAUAGUAAUGACACAAAAUUAUGAGAACUGAGAACGUCUUUAAGAGAUGAGUCGCUAGAGAAUUGGAAAGAGACUUAGACAGUCAACCACCUCAAUUACUUUAUUUUUAAUAUAUCAUCUAGAGAAAAUUGUAGAUUCCACAAGAACACUAGAUAAGAUCCAAAUAUUAUCUAGGGAAGUACCCAGAAAUACCCAGAAAUACCCAGAAGUACCCAGAAAUACGUAUCGGCUACUUGAAUGUCGGUGUAGAUUUUAACGUAACUAGAAUAUUGAGAUACUUGAAAGUGGAGAUUUUUGUCAAUGACGGAUAGCUAAAAAUAGCUGGCUGUUUGGUGUAUCCGGUGUAUAGAACGUAGGCAGUGUUGAUCAAAUAUGUGAUUUAGAAAUUAGGUAUAUCCUAGAUUUUGUGCAUUGUAAAAUAAAAUUUCUAAAAAGCUCUUUCGCCUGAAGCACAAAGUAGUUAGUAUGUUAUCCAUGGGCGUAGCCAGGGGGGGGUUCUUGGGGUUCAAACCCCCCCCGAAAUGAAAUCCCCCCCCCCUUGGGGGGGGGGAGUCGGAAUUAAGUGACUGAUUUUUUGCUUUGAUUUUGUUUAUUUUAGGUGAGAUUUUAAUACUAAACCAUCACUUGCCCUAGCACAACCAAAGAGGUUUUGAGUUUAAAACCCCCUACCAGGGGGGUUCGAGUUAAAAAAACCCUACCAGGGGGGUUCGAGUUUAAAAACCCCUACCAGGGGGGUUCGAGUUUAAAACCCCUACCAGAGCGGUUCGAGUUUAAAAACCCCUACUAGGGGUUUUGAUUUUAAACCCCCUACCUGGGUUUUUUGCAGUUAACUCCCCCUCUUCUAUAAAACAAAACAAAAAAAAAUGCAAACGAAAAUCCCCUAAUUCCAAGAGCACAGUUAAGGGAGAUUUUGAUUUUAAAACCCCGUCUAAAAUUUACGAUAAACCCCCUCUUUAAUAUAAAAAGAGCUAAUUACGCACUCAAAAUGUUAUGAGCGUAGCUAAAUGGGUUUUGACUCAGUUUUGAGUUUAAACCCCACUUCAGUGGGGUUUGAAGGUAAAAAAUACCUCUUUUUAAUAAUAAAAAAAAGGAAAUUAUACACUAAAAAUGUUAUGAGUGUAGUCUAUGGGGUUUUGAGUUUAAAGUCCCCUCCAGUGGAGUUUGAAGCUAAAAAGUACCUCUUCAAUAUAAACAAAAGAAAAUUACUCACUCUAAAAUCUAUGAGCGUAGUCAAAGGGGUUUUGAGUUUAAACCCCCCGCCAUCUUCAGUGUAAGAAAAAAAGCAAAUUACGCACUCAAAAUGCUAUGAGCGUUGCCGAAAUGGGUUUUGAGUUUAAACCCCCAUUCAGAGGGGUUUGGUGCUAAAAAUACAUCUUCAAUAUAAAAAAAAAAGCAAAUUACACACUAAAAUUAUUUGAGCGUAGCCAAGCCAAUCGGGGGUUUUGAGUUUCUUCUUUUUUUUAAGUUUAAAACCCCUCCAGAUGGUUUUAAGUCUAAGAUCCCCCUACAGAUCCAACAGAAGAUUUUGACGAUAAAACUUCUCUUUUCGAUAUAAAAUCUAAAGCAAACUACAUUCACUUAAUUCCAAGAGCGUAUUCAAGAGAGGUUACACAUUUUUACCAGUGGCAGGGCUCCAUUAAUAAACUGCAGUGAAUAGUCAUCUACCGAAAUCGAAAAACAUUAAAUAUAGCUCAACAAAGAUGGCUAAGACAGAUUUCAGGAGUCAGUUAUAGAGAUCGGAUCUAAAUCAAGGAAAUCCUAUGCCGAACUGGGAGUCGACCCCUUAGUAAGAUUACGACGCAUGAGGUUUGCGGGACAUGUUCUCCGACAAAAUGAAUUACGCAUAAGAAUAGUUGCAAUGAUAUCCUAGUACAACUUAACGCCACUCAUUCAUGGAGGUCCUCAUGGUAGGUGGAAAGAGGCUUCAGACAUUACCAGUGACAGAUUUUUAUGGAAACAGCUUGACGUCAAAUGCUCCGAACGGCGUGGGAGGGUCUAAGUCAGUAAGAAUAGCAAAUUAGGUUUUUGAAAUAAAACUUUUUAAUAGCAUUAAAAUGGACUGUAGAUACCUUAGAAUAUGCAUUUUGUUGGCUUUCAAUGCCAGAAAUAGUGCUUGGCGGCGGGGCUUCGACCCGCGAUGGGGAGCUCCUGGCGCUCCCCCAGACCCCCUUGCUAUUAAUGGCGGGGAGUCCACAAUUUUAUGGAAACAGCUUGAUGACAAAUGCGCCGAACGACGAUGGAGGGUCUAAGUCAGUAAGAAUAGCACAUUAGGUUUUUGAAAUAGAACUUUUUAAUAGCAGGAAAAUGCACUGUAGAUACCUCAGAAUAUGCAUUUUGUUGGUUUUCAAUAUCAGAAAUAGUGCUUGGCGGCGGGGCUUCGCCCCGCGCUUGGGGAGCUCCUAGCGCUCCCCCAGACCCCCUUUGGUAGUAAUGUCGGGGAGUCUACAAUUUUUUCACUAACUCAUGGAAGAACCUAUUCUAGGGCACAAUAAACGUCUUCCGAAAGAAUGAAGGGUCAGAAUGUAAUAAAGAUUAUGUACACACACACACACACACAUAAAUACAUAUAAUUUGUUUUUCGCGGGGGGGUGAUCCCCCCCAAAACCCUCCCCGAAAAAAAAUCCUGGCUACGCCCAUGAUGUUAUCACGUGAUAUAGAGUCCUUGACAUUGUUUAGACUAGAAAACUUAUCCGGAAAAUCUCCAAAACAUCUCAAGUUCACGAAACAAUAUUGCAAGCAUAGACCUAUAAUAUAUCUAGGUCUGUGAUUACAAGUAAAUCUUUUGUAGCAAUCAAAAAUUGAACUCAUUCUCUCCGUAAUUAUUUUUCCAUGUUUGGGUGGAAUUAUUCAAUUUACUCUUUACUAUUUCACUCCCCUGUUAUGAUUGGGCUUCAAUUACUUUAUCGUUUGUUAUCAGAAAUGUUUGAUUUGGUCUAGAAGUAAAGGGAAAUGCAUGCACUUUUUAUAUAACACAAAGUCAAGUUUAUCAAAUUAAACAUCAAUUUAAUUUUAAUAAUGUCAAAUCAGAGAUGGAAUUGUCAAUGGACCUCAUUCACCAAUCGUAAACAAACAACAUUUAGAAAGAGAUAUAUCUUCUAUACAAAUUAUGUAAUCCAUAGUGGCUGUCACGUGAUACGUAUUUUUCAUUGUUUUAUAAUUAUGAUGACGUGGCUAAAUGUGUUUAUUUACGAGUGGUGAAUGAGGUCCAUUAGGAGAGAAAGACUUAAAAUUCAUGGUUUCUACAAAAUGGCGGAACAUCAUGACUUGUCAUAGAAUCAAUUUGAAUGUUUUUCUGUACAGAAAUCUGACCUAAACUAUGGGUGUACAAAACAAGAUGAUUAUUGAUAUGCUUAUAAUUUACUUUUGAAAUAAAACAUCCAAUGUUUG